UCAUCAUCACCGUUGCUUCAGGAGGAGAGGCGGAUGGAGGACUACGACAAAUUCGUGGAGUAUUAUCUCUCCCAGAUGAGAAAGAAAGAGGAAGAAAACAGCAACAGACACAUAUUUGCAUCAUCUAUCAUUCGGUUCUAUGGAAAGCCCAUCCUUCCUCCCGUGCUGUCAGGGAAGCAGAGAGAGGAGAUGCAGCGACACAGAGAUGAAGCACAGAAGGCUGCUAAACACACAAAGUCAAAGGAGGACCCAAGAAUGGCUGCCGUACAAACUAUUCUGCACAGUGUUCAGCUGAGAAAGAUGCCAACAUUGGAGGAAUUGCUUAAAGAAUCAGAAAUUUGCUCAAAAUUAUCUUCCUGUAAGAGCAACAGUGGAUCAGUGUCACAUAGUGUUUUUUCAAAGGAUAGUUUAGUGUCAUCCCCACCAUCUGAACAAAAAGAAAUGGAUGCUGUGUCUCUUCCUCCACUGACAUCAACUACAUGCAGUGCCUUUUUCACCUCUCAUAUAAAAUCUCAUCUGAGUAACUGUGAAGGAAGCCUUAUUAACCAACAUGACAACCAGCAGGGAUCACUACCAACCCAUCUUAAUGAUGCGAGCCACCAAUCAAUAUCCUCAGGUUAUAUGACCUACGAGAAUGUCGAAAACACCAUCAGUGUCUCUGGACAGAUUGACACAAGGAGUGACAGCCAUGACUUUGUCUCUACUGAAAGAAGUGAGAGCAUGGGAGGCUUCUUUCUACAUAACACUUCAGACACAAUUGCAAAAAUGCCAGACAUUAUUAGCUACCCUCCUGUAGAUGGACAGGAAUUGGAGAAAAGUGGAUUGGAAUUAUCCAUCUGUAAUCAUGUAAUAGCAGGUGACACAGUAGAAGAUGUUUGCAGCACCUUUUUCCAGGAUAAUUCAGUCACUUGUGCCCAUUUGCCAUUUGAAAAAUCCACCACAAGUUUUUUAGAUGGUGCUGAGUCGAAGGAAAAUACAGUUUUUUCCACUGUACUUGAUCAAGAUUCGGACAGAAAUGACAGCAUAGGCCCUUCAUUAAAAAACAGUGAGGUUACAAAUAGUCUACAGAUGGAUAACUAUACGCUGGCAGAACUACACAUUCAGCCUGGAGAAGCAAAACCAGCAGACAACCCAGUAGAUGAAGCAGACUCAAAGCUAUCUAAGAAGCCUUAUCGUCUGAGCCUGCAGGCCUUGCUGAAAAAAUCUCAGGAGUAUCGGAAGCGCCAGCAGAUGCUUAGGAUCCAAGCCAAAAACACUAAAAUCCAGGAGAGAACCCGAGAACAGCCAAAAGGAAAGGUGGAGGAGCAAAGUCUCUCAGAUAAGGAGAAUGAUGAGUAUUCUAACAUGGGGACAGUGACUGCAGAGCAAAAGAAAAGUAAAGAAAGAUGUGGCACUUUUAUCCCCACAGGAGUGGAAAUGUCACUGAAAAAAUCCUGGGAAAAGAGUCAGAGUGAGGAAAUACUUGUAAAGCCACGCUUCACAUUUGAAAGCACACAACAUUUUGAUAUUAUAACCAGUGUUGAGGAGGAAACAGCCUCCAGAAAUAACAGGCUAAAUGCAACAGAGUUUAAUGGUAUUGAUUCAUUCCCUCAGCAAGAGCCUACAUGGACAGAAAAUACCUGCCUCGCACCUUCUUUUAAAGUUGCAGGGAAAUUUCACACUAUCCCAGCCCCUACUUUUUGUAGGAGUCCUGUCCACUGUAAAGUCAAAGGCUCUUCAAAAUCUGUAGAAGGAGCUAUUGACAAUACCUUUAAGAGGGAGCUUCUGAUCACUAGUGAAAGAAAUGUAGACCAAAAGGUCAAAGAUGGUAAUGGUGGACAACAAAGCAGCCCUACAGCAGCUCUUUCCACUGUGAAUGUUGUAGUUGAAUCUGAUGUAACAAGCAUAUUGGCAAAGCGUUCACAGCACUUAGAUCAGCUGGAGUUCAACCUGUCCGGCCUGAAAGUACUGAUCUCAGAUUUGGAGACAACACUUACAGAGAACAUGGACAAGAACUGCAGCCAAACUGAGAGCAGCCUAAAAAGUAACACCUGCUGUGAAUCUGGUCAGCGUAUAGAGCUGGGUCAGAAUGAUUCUGUCCAUGGGGAGGAUGAUGAUGAUAAUGAUAGCAGCAACAAAGACCACAAGGACAGGGAGUUCCUAAGUAGACAGUCAUUGGACAGUUGUAAGAACAUGUGUGAGGAAAAGAGUAUUUAUCAAACAGAUGAGCUUCCUGUUGUGGAGCAGGAUAUACAAACGGAGGCAAUUAGUUUAAGAGAGAUAAGGCUGUUUAAAACCUUAACAACAGAGAGAGAAAAGGAAAGUAGUACAGGUACAGGAUUUACAAAGAGUUGUGGACAGGAUGGCGAUUGCAGAAAGCAGCAGCCACCGGGUAAACAUAUCCUCUCUACAGCACAGCGGAUGCGCGUCCCCGACAUAUUCAGAACUCGUCCCUCUGAAACCACAGCACCACAUAAUCUCUGUGUACUGUCGGACACUAGUAACCAUCUAGUACAGAGGAAUGAGGUGGAUGUGGAACAUCAUGACUAUACCCGCUCGCCGUCUCUCAACCAGUCAUACGAUGUUGACACACCAUCGCAGCUGUGGCUUCAGGAGGGAUCUGGAUCAGACUCAAAAGGUCAUCUGGUUCCGGAAAAACAUCUGACCCCAGAGAAUGGGGUCGAAGAUCAGAGCGGUCUAUCUAAGGUCAAACGUAAACUGCUCAUGCACGUGUCUGAGGACAUAAUGAAACGAGGAGGAAAUAUCAGCAGAAAAGCUAGUCCAGUGCCCAGACCCACCUCCAGCACUCCUAAAGCUGCAGUGUGGUGGCGUGAAGGCCAUGGCAGUAGGAGGGAAAAGCAGGAACAACUAAAACAGGUCCACGCCGCUCAGGUCAGAGCCCUGCAGGAGGAGCACAGACGACAACAGGAGGAACUAAUACAGGCGUUGGCUGUGCGUUGCCGUCUCCUCCAGAGCGUGUCCUUCCCCUGCUCCAUGUCAACCUCACAUCUUGGGAACACGCUGACCUUUCCUACCAUCUCUCAGGCUUCGCUUUCCCGAUCCUUGAGUUCAGUCCCAGAGCGUUACCGCCCCCUACUGGUAGCAGCUGUGAAGGGUUUUCUAACUCGGAGGCUCCUGAAGACGGAUCGAGUGGCACAGCUGGUUCGCACCAUCAGAGACACAUGGCAGUUCUUGCUGGCCUUCAGGAGAGGAGAACAGUGCAACAAACAAGACUUUUUGUUACAGGAGAGGGUCACUCUGCAGCUACGUGCUGCGCGUUAUGAGGUCUAUGAUAUAUUCUUCAGCCUGUCAGACGGAGAGAGGAUGCAGCUGAUCAGCUGGGACAGAGAGUUGAACAGGGAGAGGGCGCUCAAACGACAGAGUGGAUUCACAGGUCAUCCCAGAGGAAAGAGGUUUUUGUCAGCUGCAACACAAAAAACACUGGAGAGGAAAAGAGGAAUAAUGAUCCAGAAAAAGGCUGCAGAAAGACACAAGAGAGCUGCGACAGAGACUCCAACUUGAACUUCAACUUUAUUUGUCCCUUGAAGGGUGAUUUUUAAUGUAGUGUUCACAAUAAACAAACAAUAAAACACAGUAAAAACAGUAAAAAAAAUCACACAAAUAAGAUAGACAGGGGCAUUAGCAGCAAUCUUGGUCAUUUAGUCAGGUGUAAUUCAGUGCAAACUGUCGCUUAGUCAGCAGUAUCAAUACAGAAUAAAGAGAAGUAGAGCAGCAAACAGGAUAGAGUGCAGCACAGUACGUGAUAAAGUACAACAGCAAAAACACAGAGCAUUACCUCCUCCUCCUCAGCAUUUAUAGCUCAGAUGGAGGUAAGCACAAAGGAGAACUUGUACCUGUUUUUGUGGCCUGGGGUACUGCCAGACGAAGGCCAGAGGGGAGCAACUUAUACUUCGGAUUAAGAGGAUGAGUAACAUCCAUAUGAAUAGACUGAGCUUUCCUUUUACCUGGUGCAUUAAAAAUGUCUUUAAGACUGUUAAAACACACCCUAGCUACUUUAGAGGCCACGUUUACUAUCCUCCUGAGGGAGUUCUUGUCCUUGUUGCCAAGGUUACCAUACCAGCAUAUGAUGGAAAAGGAAAUGAUUGACUGGGUAAAGGAACAGUAGAAGAGCUUCAUCAGGGUCCUAUCAGUCUGAAAGUUGGGGAGUUUUCUCAGACAGAAUAAUCGUUGCUGACCUUUUUUAACCAGCAAUUCACAAUUUAUGUCAAACUUGAGUUUACUGUCGAUUACAGUACCCAGAUACUUAUAAUUAGGUACCAGUUCCACUGGCUUGUCACGGAUCACACGGCACUGAGGAGCUGGGGGGGACUGUCUGAAAUCAAUGCAGAUCUCAUUUGUUUUAGUGACAUUGAUCUGAAGGAAAGCUCCUUUGCACCAUAAUAUAAAAUCAUCAAGAACCUGCCCAUGUCCAACUUCAUCAUCAAGCAGGCUGAUAAUUACCAUCAGCGUAGCGGCUGACACAGUCAUUUGUGUAGAAAGUAUAUAAAAGGGUAGGUAAAGCACAGUAUUGAAGUGAUCCGGUGGAGGAGGGGAGUAGGCUGGACAGUGCUCCGUUGACCCUGACUUGUGAUGGAUUUGUAAGAAAAUCAAGGAUCCAACUCACAAGACACGUAUCGACACCAAAGACAUUAACAAGCUUCUCCACCAAAACGUGAGGCUGGAUUGUGUUAAAAGCUGAUGAGAAAUCAACAAAAAAAAACAGCCUGGCAUGAUUCUUACUACCUUCCAAGUGCUUAUAUACAAGAUUAAGUAAAGUGGCAGUCGCAUCUUGGACACCCCCCUUAGCUCUAUAAGCAAAUUGAAGAGGGUCUAGCAGGCACUCAGUCUUUGAGAGUAGCUCUUCUUUGACUAGUUUUUCAAGUUGUUUCAUAACCAUAGAGGUUAAGGCCACUGGCUGAAAGUCAUUGAGAGUGGAGGGGCAGCUUGUUUUAGCAACGAGCACCAUUAUGGACUUCUUCCGUAAGACUGGCACUCUGCUGGAGAAGAGACAUUAAAAAUAUAAAAAAUGUGCCCAAGCUGGUCAGCACAUGUUUUCAGUAACGUCUUAUUAGAUCACCCGAGACUGGACAGGAGCGGAGUUUCUGCUGAGCAGCCGCUAGACACCAAACGAGGACAGUUCAGAGCAAAUCCUCAGAGGGUCCCCAAGAACACUUACUCCUCCAGACCCCGAUGACACCUCUCUAAUUGGCCCCACUGAGGAACCCUAAUAAGACCUCUAGCCAUUACAUGAAUAGCUUUACAUUUGAGAGUAAAAUUCAACAUUCAAAACCUGAAUUUGACACAAAGUGAUGCCUGUUGCUUACCAGUGUAUCGCUGUAAUUUAUAUCGGGCGUCACUGUCAAGUUUUAACACUCUUUCUCUAGAGGUUUUUCAUCAUACGUGAUAAGAUUCACAGAGCUGCAGGUAAAACAUCACUGUCGCUGCUCAGACUUUAGCAGAAUUCUUUAGUGGGUCUGCUUCCUCCCUUUUCUACCACUUCUUAGUAUACUUCUGAAGAUCUGAGCAGGGAACAUGUCGAGUUGGCAAAAAAAA